GGAGCUGCAGGGUCUCUUCGCUCUCUGCUGUGCCUGGGGCUGCAGCUUCUCCUCCUUGCUGCACCAACGAGCUGCUGCUGCUGCUGCUGCUGCUGCUGCUACUGUGGAGAUCUGGCACCUCUAAGUGGGGGUGUCCUGGGUUCAGAAGGGACUUGGAGCUGCAGAGCAAAGGCCAAGCUUGGCACCCCCCCUGUCCUUCCCAACAAAGGAAGCUGCCAAGGGCAAGUCCCAGCAUGAGCAAGCAGCAGGACUCCAACUCCUCCUUUGCUUGGCCUCCUGCCCUCAACUCCAGCGCCGGGCACAAGUACCUCCUCGUGGACGACAGCAACGUCUCCUAUGUGGACUUCUACCUUCACCAGCCUUCCGUGGCAGCUGUCUUCAUCAUCUCCUACCUCCUCAUCUUCCUGCUCUGCAUGCUUGGCAACGGAGUGGUUUGCUUCACCGUCCUCAGGAGCAGACAGAUGCGCACCGUCACCAACCUCUUCAUCUUAAACCUGGCCGUCAGCGACCUGCUGGUGGGCAUCUUCUGCAUGCCCACCACCCUCCUGGACAACAUCAUUGCAGGAUGGCCAUUUGGGAGCCUGGUUUGCAAGAUGAGUGGGAUGGUCCAAGGAAUCUCAGUUUCUGCCUCUGUCUUCACUCUGGUUGCUAUUGCUGUGGACAGGUUCCGCUGCAUCGUGCACCCCUUCAGGCAGAAGCUGACGGUCCCCAGCGCCCUGGCCAUCAUCGCGCUCAUCUGGCUCCUGGCCGUGGCCAUCAUGUGCCCUUCUGCUGUCAUGCUGCAAAUCCAGGAGGAGAAGCACUUCAGGGUGCUCCUCGGCCACGGCAACCGAACCCGCCCUGUCUACUGGUGCCGGGAGGACUGGCCCGAGCCGGGCAUGCGCAGGAUCUACACCACCGUCCUGUUUGCCAACAUCUACCUGGCUCCUCUCUCCCUCAUCGUCCUGAUGUACGCCAGGAUCAGCAUGGCUCUCUCCAGCCCCGUGCUGGGGAGGCCUGGCCAGCAGCAGCAGCAGCAGCAGCAGCGCCUGGCAGUCAGCAGGAAGAAGCAGAAGGUGAUCAAGAUGCUGAUCGUUGUGGCUUCGCUUUUCACCCUCUCCUGGCUGCCUCUCUGGACCCUGAUGAUGCUGUCAGACUAUGCCACGCUCUCAGACCUGCAGCUGCAGCUCAUCAACGUUUACAUCUACCCCUUGGCUCACUGGCUGGCCUUCUUCAACAGCAGCAUCAACCCCAUCGUCUACGGCUUCUUCAACGAGAACUUCCGCCGCGGCUUCCAGGCAGCCUUCAAGCUUCGGCUCUGCUGCCGGCAGCUGCCUCCUCGCAGGGAGGGCUGCUGGCAGCCAGGCCCAGGCAAAGCCACUCUGCCAGCUGCCAGCUGCCAGGCAGCACGGCAGCAGGCCUGCCCAGGUGCUGAGGAGGAGAGGAAGGCAGUUAAGAAAGGCAACUGGGUGGACAAUCAGCAGGACGUGGUGAUGGAGGAGCUGGAAGAGCCCUGCGCCGACAGGAGCAAGUGAGGGGUGCUGUGACCUUGUGCCCAGCAGAGCUGCUUGGCUGUGUGGGGGAACUCACUCAGGCUCUGCUAGCCUCUGCUGACAAAGGCAAGUCAAAAUGGUUGUGUUGAAGCAGAUCUGCAACUGGCAUCAUAGAAUGGGUUAGUUUGGAUGGGACCUUCAAGAUCAGCCAGUGCCAACCCCUCUCCCCCUGCCACGGGCAGGGACAGCUCCCACUAGCCCAGGUAGCUGAAGGCCCUGCCCACCAUACCUGAGCAUUUGAUGGAAGCAGGAAACCCAAAGCAGCUCUUGGUGUUCCCAGCUCAAAGCAGUGGUUGCUGCCCUGCAGUCAGUGAUGACUCUGCUGUUCUUGAGCUGGGCUGGAGCAAAGGUGUGGCUGAACUGGGCUGAGCUGCCACUGCCUGGGACACAAGAGAAAAAGGCACCUGGGGACAGGGACCUGAGACAAAAACAGAAUGGGAGAGGCUGGAAGGGACCUCUGGAGAUCAUCCAACCCACCUUCCCUGCCAAGGUAGGGGCACCUACAGAAGGUCACACAAGAACACAUCCAGGAGGGGUUUGGAAUCUCUCCAGAGAUGGAGACUCCACCACCUCUCUGGGCAGCCUGCUCCAGGGCUGCAGCACCCUCCAAUUACAGAAGCUCCUCCUCAUGCAUAGAUGAAAUCUCUGAUGGUCAAGUUUGUGCCUGUUACUCCUUGUCCUGUCACUGAACAAAGCCUGGUCCCACCCUCCUGCCACCCACCCUUGAAGUGUUGCUCACUCUGGCUCCUCACUGAUGGAGAGGAGAACAUUCAUCCAAUGCUUUCAAGCCCUCUGCUCAAAGCAAGACUAAUCCAAUCAGCCCAUUUCAUGAUGUAACACCAACUUCUCAGCACUGGGACCUUGUCAGGACUCUUGGAGCUGCUUCUGUGAAGCAGCAGAAUCCCAGACUGUCAGGUUGCAAGGAUCACCUGCUGCAGCCUUUCAAGGUGAUGGUGUAGCUGAAACUGAGCUGGACCCCAAACUUGCCUUUACUCUCUGUCAUAUUGGAGACAUGGCCUGAAAACUGAACUCACUCCUUCCAGGGUCUUCUUCUUGUCCUCAUACUGCUUCUGCCUGGACACUCCAGAUGCCAACCAGCUCCUGUCUUCACUGACAUUCAAUGAGUUCCCUUCCUGGAUUGCUCCUCUUGUCACUUGUGUGAUCUUAACUCUUGUUGGAGCUGGAGAAAGAAUCAGGAAUGGGGAUGUAAGAAAUAAAGGGGAAAGAAAAGGG